AUGCACCUCACCUCUCGAUACGUCGCGUCGCUUCGCAUUGCGUAUCCUAGAAUGAGUGAAACCGGUAUCAACUACACCGACGGAGACACUAUUACGACCCUGUACUUCCAGAAGCACAGCUCUGAAAAAUGGACAUAUCUACAUUUUUUGAAUGACAACCGCUCUACAAUUCUCACGUUACCGCCUUUCGCAAACACAUGGACUGGUCUUGAUGGUGCAUGGAGAACGCGUUUCCUACGGAUAGGCCGAACAAUGCAAGGAUGGAGUGACUUUAAGCGGAAGGACCAUCUUCUCUUUCCAUAUCAUCCAUUCUCUGGACACUGGGGACUCUCUUUUGGAGGUUUCAUCCUUCAACUGAGUGAUGAGAGCGAUGCCGAGAGACUCUCUCCACUCCUCUUUUCGACAGUGGAUGCCGAGAGACUCUCUCCACUCCUCUUUUCGACAGUGGAUGCCGCCCUAUUUCUUCUUUUGAUUGAACCAAACCCAAAUAAACUUUGUCGGUUUUGGGAAACCAUAAUUGAAGACCGGAAAAGCAAGACGAUGGAGAUGAAUGUUGCAAUCAACUAUGAACAUGCGAGCAUGCAUUUGCUGGAGCUUGCACGUGAAAAGAAAACUGAGGCUAUUGCAAGUAUUAUAGAAGAACGUUCCAAAAAUCUUGACAGCGCAGCAAGUGUCGACGAGGGGGAAGAGCGGGGCGAGCCAAACGGCAAAUUUCCUACCAAAUUCAUUGAAGAGGACUUUAGAAUCUUGAGGGAAAAUAGGAUUGAGGGCAUCGCAUUCCUGGCACUGACGGAGGAGAAACUUGAGAGGUAUGGUAUGAAAGGUGGACCUGCGAAUGUCAUUGUUGACUACAUCGAAAAAUUGAAGGAUGAGCAUCCUUCGAAGAAGGCACGAACAACUGGCCUGCACGGGUUAGCAUCCAAAGUUGAGGAUUCCCGAUCUCUCGAAGGUAGUGGAGAAGGGGCCGAUGGUUUGGCAACCAUUCCCGAUGAGCGCCUGGCCCGCUUCGAUGCUUGGAUGUCAGAGAAUCCCGUUGGCCUGCUGCGAAGCCCACCGUUCUCAGGGAAAACCACGCUCAUAGAGCUUCUCAGUAUCUACCUUAGAAGGCUCGGACGAACGGUCGUAACCAUAACUAUCCAAGAAAGUGAAAAACAUUUUUCCAGUGAAGAAGCCUUCGAUGCUUUCUGGAUAGCAGAAGCUGGGAUAUCUUGGAGCAGCUGUGUCAACGCCAAAGUGCAGACAGACAUUUUGGUGGACGAGGCCCAAAUCCUGUAUAGACAUGCUCCCUGGUUCUGGAGCCGUUUGAAAAUUCUUAUGCAGGGCAAGAACUCCCUCAUACAUGUUUUGCUUGUAAGCAUGUAUGGCGAGCUAUCUGGGAAUUGUGUCGGCACACCGAUCACAUUCCCACAGUCCCUUGGACUAGAUGACCUGCGACUGCCUCGUCGCGAAUUUGACACCCUUGUGGAGAACUUCAUCAGCAUUCGUUACAAGCCAGGUUUCACGAUCCCAGACUCCACACGAGAUGCCGUUUUCAAAAUCACGGGUGGGCAUGCUGGCCUUGUCCGGGAGACGCUAAGGCUCCUGCGUGAUCGCAGUGGAGACGGGUGUUGA